UCUCUAGAAUCUAUAAGUGUAUUGAAUGAUGCAUUAAGUCAGAUAGAGUCACAAGGGAGUAUAUCUAUGAAUUCCACAAAUUCUAGAUCAGUGGUCUCUUCAGCAGUUGACACGACGAGCCUUGUUGGCCGGGAGUUGACUACUAAGGUGUAUAAAUAUACUCACUUGGAGCCUAUUCUAUAUGCUCUUGGUGUGGGAAUGUCAACUAAGGAUCCAGAUCACCUGAAAUUUCUCUUUGAAGGAAGUGAGGAGUUCUGCUGUUUACCAACCUUUGGAGUUAUUCCAGCUCAGACUUCAAUGUUUGAUGGUGUUCCUUCUAUUCCGGGACUAGAUAUGGAUCUUGCAAAGAUGCCGCAUGGUGAGCAGUACUUGGAACUGUAUAAACCAUUACCAACCUCAGGUGAAUUAACAUCAGUUUCAACUAUUGCUGAUCUACUGGACAAAGGUUCUGGAGCAGUCUUGCUUAUAGAUGUGAAUACCUAUUGUGGAAAGGAUCUAGUGUGCUACAACCAGUUCUCUUUAUUUUUUGUUGGAGCUGGAGGAUUUGGUGGAAAACGAACAUCAGAAAAGGCUAAGGUAACAGUGAAUCCACCCAAGAGACCUCCAGAUGCUGUACUUUCUGAUGUCACAACAUCUGAUCAGGUAGAGUGGUACAUACUCAAGAUGUAAAAAUGUUUAUUUAUU